AUGUACUCAAGAUGUAAAUGUGUGUGGAAAAAAGAGUCCACAUUGCAUCGGUUAACACCAGUGCGAACCGAAUGGAUGGCAGCCGUAUUUGUCAUAUGUCAAACUCUUUUCUUGGUCGUCGUUGAUCAAAAUGACGAAGGGAACAUCAAGUUUUGGAAAGCGUCAUAACAAGACGCACACCUUGUGUCGUCGAUGCGGUCGUUCAUCGUACCACAUCCAAAAAUCAACUUGCGCUCAAUGUGGAUACCCAGCCGCUAAAAUCCGAUCAUACAAUUGGUCAGAAAAAUCUAAGCGCCGAAAGACCACAGGAACUGGCCGUUGCCGUUACUUGAAAAUUGUUCGUCGUCGUUUCCGUAAUGGAUUCCGUGAAGGUGGACAAGCCAAACCACGUAACAAGCAAACCAAGGCAUAAAUUCAACGUUUCAAUCGUAGCUUAGACAUCCAACCAUUAAGCUAUUGAACAUUUUCCAUAAAAUAACAAUAAACAAAAUUACAACUUAUUUUGUAAAUCCGUUUUUUCGUAAUAUACGACAGUUGAGUGCGCUGAUCGGCAUAAUUGUCGAUUUGAAUGCAAAAUAAUUUUCAACGCUAACAAAAAAAAUGUUCGAAAUAAAAAAAAAACUAAUUAAAAUCAGUUAAUGAUUUUAAGAGCAAA